AUGGCCGCAGCCGCCGGCGCCGCCGCUAUCCCCACUGCCCGAGCGCCACACGUCCUGGUGGUCCCGUACCCGGCGCAGGGCCACACCAUCCCGCUCCUGGACCUCGCCGCGCUCCUCGCCGCCCGCGGCCUCCGCCUCACCGUCGUCGUCACGCCGGCCACCACCCAGCUUCUCUCCCCUCUCCUCGCCGCGCACCCGGGAGGCGCCGUCCGCGCGCUCACCCUCCCGUUCCCCUCCCACCCAGCUUUCCCCGCCGGCAUCGAGUCUGCCAGGGGCUGCCCGCCGGCCCUCUUCGGCGCGCUCAUCGUGGCCUUCUCCGGCCUCCGGGGCCCGCUCCUCUCCUGGGCCCGCGCGCGCUCGGGCACCCCCGACCGCGUCGUCGCCGUCCUCUCCGACUUCUUCUGCGGCUGGACGCAGCCGCUCGCCGCCGAGCUCGGCGUCCCGCGCGUCGCCUUCUCCUCCUCCGCGGCCUACGGCACCGCCGUGCUCCACUCCCUCCUGCGCCGGCUGCCCCCGCGCGACGACGAGGGGGAUGAGGACUGCCCCGUCGCCUUCCCGGACCUCCCGGGCGCCCCGGCGUUCCCGUGGAGGCAGCUCACGAUGCUGUACCGGACGUACAAGCAGGGCGACGAGGUCUCCGACGGCGUCAGGAGCAACUUCCUCUGGAACCUCGACUGCUGGGCGUUCGUCACCAACACCUUCCUGCGGCUCGAGGCGCCCUACCUGGAGGCGCCGCUCGCCGACCUGGGCUUCCGCCCCGUGCGCGCCGUCGGGCCGUUGGCGCCGGAGACCGACGCCGAGGGCAGCCGCGGAGGGGAGACGGCAGUGGCCGCGGCCGACCUGUGCGCCUGGCUGGACCGCUUCGAGGCGGAGGAAGGCUCCGUCCUCUACAUCAGCUUCGGGAGCAUGGCUGUGCUGCAGCCGGCCCACGCCGCGGCGCUGGCGGCUGCCCUGGAGCGCACCGGCGUGGCGUUCGUGUGGGCGGUCGGGCCGGCGGUGGUGCUCCCGGAGGGGUUCGAGGGGCGCGCCGCGGCGGGCGGCAGGGGCAAGGUGAUCCGCGGGUGGGCGCCGCAGAUGGUGGCGCUGCGGCACCGUGCCGUGGGGCGGUUUGUGACGCACUGCGGGUGGAACUCGGUGCUGGAGGCGGCCGCGGCCGGGGUGACCAUCCUGGCGUGGCCAAUGACGGCCGACCAGUUCGUGAACGCGCGGCUGCUGGUGGAUGACCUCGGUGUGGCCGUGCCGGUGUGCUGGGGUGGUCUCGCGGUGGCACCCAACGCCGACGAGCUGGUGCGCGUGCUGGAAGACACGCCGACGAUCGUUGGGAAAAAGGAAUGGGGCGGCGUGGAGGCAAGGGCCAAGGAGCUGGCCGAGCAGGCCGCGGCGGCCGUAAGGGAAGGCGGGAGCUCGUGGAAGGAGGUGGAGGAGCUGGCCCGGGAGCUUCGUGAGCUCGGCAACCAGUCGAGAUAGCAGGUCAAAGUUGGGGAAAAAAACCCAGGAUCAGUUUCUGCACAAUGUAACACAGAGGCGACAACGGUUCGUUUUUUUUUUUUUUUUGAUAAACACUCGGCAUUUGAUAGACAACUAUU